AUGAAUUCGAUUGAGUUUAGGCUUUCUGAAUACGAAUUCCAGAGGCCUCAACCUGUGGUGCAACCCCCGAAAGAUCUUACCCCCGGUUCUGAAGCCGAAGCUCUUUAUCAGAGAUCCGUCCAACCAUGGUCGGCCCUCGACCUCUCCUUCCGAUUCGUGAAUCGCCCAGCUCUUUGA